AUGGCUGCCUUCCAACAGGCUCUUGCCAACUUCAACAACACCCAACAGGACAAUGCGCCUUCCUCAUCUACCUCAGUCUCCAUCAGAGGUUCAGCUACCGGUGCACCUUCGACCCGGAGCUUGAGCUCUGCAUUGAGAGGUGCUGGAAUCACUAGAGAACAAGGGAUGGAGCUUGAUGGGACCAACAACGGAGGGAGAGUGGGCAGAGGCGGGAGAAGAGGUGCUAGAUCUGCCGGUCCUCUUGAUCAGACUGGACGACAUCACCCUUCAAAUAACGCAAACAACAAACCAUACCAGAAACCUGGAUCACUAGCGUCUCGAAUGACCCCGGCAUCAUCAAGUAGUAGGGAUGGCAGACAUCCUCGGAAUGGUUCAAACAAUGCUAGAAAUCCAACUGGAACACCGCCAGUCAUCAAGCAGCUUCAGACUAUAAGUGGUAAAGCUGAAAGAGAACAUUCGAAAUCUGAACUCACCAAGAAGCUUCACGGUGAAGAGAUGAAAGAAUGGAUUAGAAAAAGGGUAAUUGGAGAUGGGAUACUUGAUAUGUCGAAUUUACCAAAUGACCCCUGGCUCAAAGAAAACGGUAUUUUGCCACCUGGUCAUCCGAACGCACCUCCCAAUGCAGGAACAGUCUUCUGGAGAAUCAUUGAGGGUGUAGUCCAAAAGGGUGCUGGAAUUACUGUCCUUACCCUCAGUUUAGCCAACAACAACCUCGACCACCUUGCUCAUCUGUCGAAACUUCCGCUCACACUCCCCGACAUUCGAGCUCUCGACUUAAGCGGUAAUCCCAUUAAGAAUAUUGGUGAACUCGACAAUCUCAGAGCUGCCGGUGAGAAGAAGGGUAAAGCUACAGCGGGUGCUGGAAGUCUGAAGAGUCUUGUGGAAAUCAAGUUGAAUGGUUGUUUCUUCAGAGAAAAGAUGCUGCAACAACCUGAUGGUCCCAACAUUUACAAACACGAUAUCUUACGUCGAUUCCCCGGUCUACGAAUCUUGGACGGUAUCGAGUUGGAGCGGAUCAUACUGCCUAUCGAUCGAAAACCCAAAGUCAGACUCACCGAAGAGCAGAAAGCUGCUUUCGUUGCGAAGCCAUUCACGUUCCCGUGUGAUGUGCAAUCUGCUUUCGGUGAGGAAGGGGUUAAAGAACCUGCAAUGCAAUUCUGCGCGAAAUACUUCACUCUCUUCGAUACCGAUCGGAAUGCGCUCAUACCGGGAUACGCUCCCAACGCACUUAUUUCCAUCUCUGCCAAUACUUUACCUUCCCGAUCCGCUAAUCAGGUGGAAGUGAUGAAAACUCGUGCCAACCGACCUCAACCUGUAUCAUUCGAAGCAUGGACCAAUCUACCAAGUCGAAACUUCUUCAGAGGAACGACCAGUAUCAAAGCGCGAAUGGACAGUUUACAUAAUCCUGCUGAUGCAGAACGAUUGCUGAGAUGGUGGAAUAAGAUUGUUCCCAGGACAAGACACCCCUUGUCGGAUCCCGAGAAAUGGUGUUUCGAUACUUGGGUAUUGGAUGGGGAAGGUGAAAGCACCAAGUUAUGUUUGAUGAUUCAAGGGGAAUUCGAAGAGAUGCCUUCAGGAACGUAUAGAUCAUUCUCAAGGACAUUUAUCCUUUCUCCUGCUCCACCAGGCUCAUCUGCUGCCAAUGCUGGAUGGCCCGCUAUCAUCCUUUCCGACACAAUGACCGUCCACUCAUACCUCGGUACAUUCGCCUUCGAUGAGCGCAAUCGAUCAUUGGCGACUCAUGGAGUGACUAUUCAACCACCUUCGAUAAUUCCUCCUACAUCGACACCUGCAGCAGGUAACGAUGCGCUUGUGGCUCAAUUAUCUCAACGAACAGGGAUGAACGCGCAGUUCUCCGCAAUGUGCUUGGAACAGAAUAGUUGGAAUUUCGAAGCUGCUUUGAAGAACUUUGAGGAGAUUAGAGGAACUGUACCACCCGAGGCUUUCGUAUGA